AUGUCAUCACCAGCAUCCUCCCACAGCGGCAAACGCAAGAGAGUCACUAUCAAUGCUGCCGAGCCGGACAGCGCUUUGCAGACCUCGUCGCGAGAUGCCUCGGGCGAAGAAGGCGACACCACCGCACCAGAGUCGUCGCGACAGACUAGACGGACCUCCAAUGGCACCAGCUUGAACCCUAACAAGAGGCAGCGAGCCAAUUCGGACCGAGUUGUCGAGAAUGGCGACAAUGUCCUCGAUCCUGGUGAGCCCAGUGACACCACUGAAGCCAGCGUCGACAUUGCCGAGAGAGUCACUCGGAAAGGACGCAAGAGUGCAUCCAAAGAUGUCGAAGAAGAGAAGAAGAAGGCCAUGCCUCCACCCCCGAUUGGCAAGCUCACUCACCCCGUGGGCUACACGACAAACCCCCCGCCAACUGGCCGCAAUGUGAGAGUAUACGCCGACGGAGUCUUUGACCUAUUCCAUCUCGGACACAUGCGCCAGCUUGAACAGGCGAAGAAAGCCUUUCCCAACACAACCCUCGUCGUGGGCGUCACCGGCGACAAUGAUACCCACAUGCGCAAGGGAUUGACCGUCAUGUCUGCCAAGGAGCGCGCCGAGUCGGUGCGACACUGUAAGUGGGUGGACGAAGUCAUCGAAGACUGCCCGUGGAUCGUCAGUCCAGAGUUUCUCGAACUGCAUCGCCUCGACUAUGUUGCACACGACGAUAUCCCAUAUGGCGCGGACGAGGGAGACGACAUCUACCAGCCCAUCAAGGAGACUGGCAAGUUUCUCGUCACUCAGCGCACCGAGGGUGUCAGCACAACUGGCAUCAUUACAAGGAUCGUCCGCGAUUACGAAAAGUACAUCACCAGGCAAUUCAAGCGCGGCACCUCUCGCCAGGAGCUCAACGUCAGCUGGCUUAAAAAGAACGAAAUAGACCUCAAGCGUCACGUGCAAGAUCUCCGCGAGAACAUCACCAACAACUGGACCACGACCGGCCAGGAGCUCAGCCGAGAGCUAAAGCAGUUCUGGCCUACCAGUCGGCCACAGAGCCCGGCCCGGUUCAACAGCUCAUCAAGCGACAUUGCGCGAUCUCCCACCACGCCCGGAGGAUCAGGGAACUCGAAGGAGUUCAUCACUGGCUAUGCGCUUGGGCUGGUUGGUGGUGUGCGAUCAUGGAUGACCAAGAACCGCAGGACUGUGACAGACAGCCAUCCUGCCAGCGAUGACGACUCUGAAGAGAGUGACAGCAACGGAAGGCCGGCACCGGCAGAGGACAACCACGAAGUGGCUACCUCCAGCCGCGCGUAG